UAAGGCCUUUGGGACUAAGGAGGUUUGUCCUAACGAUAUCGCCGUACCAUUUCUGACCAAAUUUAACUCCGCCCAUUCACUGACUUAACCAGCGCGUAGCAUUGAUUCUCUCUCACUCAACGUCGCCGUUCCCAGCCUGCAGUCGCAUACUCUCAAGGUGGUUGUGGUGUAUUUAACUCAACAUUGAAAAUGUCGGAUGAGGGUAAAUUGUUCGUUGGAGGGCUGAGCUACGACACCGACGAGGACUCGCUCAACGAUACCUUCAGCAAAUAUGGAACCAUCGACAAAGUGGAUGUGAUCAGGGACCGAGAGACGGGGAGAUCACGCGGAUUUGGCUUUGUGAAGUACUCCAACCCCGACGACGCAAAGGACGCCAUCUUAGGCAUGAAUGGCAAGAAUCUAGAUGGUCGCACUAUUCGUGUGGAUGAAGCAGGAAAGAGUGGACCCAGGAAAGGUUUCAGCACAGGCUCACGUGGUGGUGGUGGAGGUGGCGGUGGCGGUUAUUUUGGAGGAUCCCGGGGGAGAGGCCGUGGUUACUCACGAGACUUUGAAGGUGGUGGAGGCUACGGCGACAAGGGAUACGGCGACAGGAGUUAUGGUGGUGACCGAAGCUUCGGAGGUGGAGACAGGAGCUUUGGUGGUGGCAGCAGCGGUGGCGGAGGAGGAUACAGGAGUGGAGGAUACUCCAAUAGCUACAGAGAAAAUCGGGGCGGAUACAGGUCAUCCAGAAAUGAAGGAAAUGACAGCUAUGCUUCACACGAGUAAACAUCUCCCUGAUUCAAGAUCAUCACUUGGCUGGCUGUAUUUCAAAGAUGCGCUCUUCAAGAAAAAUGUCCACGUGUUAUUGCUGAUUUAAGUUCUGUUGUAGUAGCUCAAACAUCUUAAAAUAUGUAGCCGAUAGUUUUGGUCAUUCCUCAACAAAACAUAAGAUAAUUUUCAACGAAAGACUUCGACCUUGCUUGAUUAGGCAUCUAUAUUCCCUUAAAAGACAGUUUAACUAAAAGGCAUUUCUGUAAUCUAAUAAAUACUAUUACUGCAAGUCCCACUUUGGGAUUGAACUGCUCUUCUAUGUGGCGUUUUGUUGAAUGGCCACUAAAGUUGCUGCCGACUAAAAUUUCACUCGUUUGAUUCCUUGCUUAGAUUUUUUUAUAAUAUCUGUUGGGGCUUUGUUUUUGUAUUUUUGUUCCUCGUGUCUCCUCCUAGUCUACCUCCUGUCAGGUUCGAAUCAGAGCGAGAUAUGAGGACCCCCUUACUCGAGGAAAGACUUAAGGGAUUUUAUGCUAAAUUCCUUUUUACUGUCAAAACCUUAGUUUAGCUGAGGCUCCUGUUUGUUCAAUUUUCCAAAAAGCGUGAAUUCCUUUCAGACUGGUGAACUACACCUCCGAAGUGGCCGGCUGUUCAUGAAGUUGCAAAUUGCAGCAUGCUACAGUCUGUCCAAGGUAUCUUCUGUGCUCAACAUCUGCAUUUUAAAUGUGCUGUAAAAUUGACUAAUCUUGUUUAAGUGAUCGAAAAGUGUACCUUCGUUUCCCCAAAAUAUCUCAACCGGGAACAGUUUUGUACUUUUUGUUCUUUGUAUGAUCAACAGUUUUUUUUUCUUUGUCAGUUUGGCUUCAUGGAGCCUAUUAAACAGAUUGUGGAAAAUAA